UUUACUCCCAUGUUCACUAAAGCAGCUCUAGAGGCCGAAGACAGUUCUUUUACACACAAGCAAAGCAGCGUGCUAGUAUGGUAUCAGCAGGGUUGCAGAUGCUGGGCAUAGCCCUGGCCAUCAUCGGCUGGAUCGGGGUGAUCGUGGUUUGCAUUCUCCCCAUGUGGCACGUCACGGCUUUCAUCGGACAGAAUAUAGUGACUGCGCAAAUAACCUGGGAGGGGAUCUGGAUGAGCUGCGUGGUGCAGAGCACAGGUCAGAUGCAGUGUAAGGUGUAUGACUCCAUGCUGGCCCUCAGCUCAGAUCUGCAGGCGGCUCGAGCCCUGACUGUCAUCUCUAUCCUGGUGGGUGUCGUUGGCAUCCUGCUAGCGGCUGCUGGAGGGAAAUGCACCAACUGCAUCGAGGACGAGCACGCCAAGGCCAAAGUCGGCAUCAUUUCGGGAGCCAUCUUCAUCGUGGCUGGAGUUCUGUGUUUGAUUCCCGUCUGCUGGACGGCCAAUACAAUUAUAAGGGACUUCUACAGCCCUCUGACCAUCAGCGCACAGAAGAAAGAGUUGGGAGCUUCGUUGUUUAUUGGAUGGGCUGCUUCGGCGCUGUUGCUUAUUGGUGGGUCAUUGCUUUCCAUGCUGGGUUGGCUGGGGGUCAUUAUCGUGUGCGCUUUGCCCCAGUGGAAGGUGUCUGCGUUCGUUGGGGCCAACAUCGUCACAGCACAGGUCAUCUGGGAGGGCAUGUGGAUGAACUGUGUGGUGCAGAGCACUGGACAGAUGCAGUGUAAAGUCUACGACUCCAUGCUGGCGCUCAGCUCUGAUCUCCAAGCGGGCCGAGCCAUGAUCAUCAUCUCCAUUUUGAAUGGACUCUUUGGGAUCAUAAUUUCUUUGGCCGGUGGGAAGUGCACCAAUUGCAUUGAGGACCAAGGGUCCAAAGCAAAGGCGUGCAUCGUUGCAGGCAUUCUCCUAAUAAUCUCUGGGGUUCUCUGUCUGAUCCCAGUGUCGUGGGCAGCACACACCAUCAUACAGAACUUCUACAACCCCAUUAUGGUGGAGGCCCAGCGGAGAGAGCUGGGUGCAGCUCUGUAUGUCGGCUGGGGAUCGGCUGGCUUGCUUUUACUGGGAGGAGGAAUACUUUGCUGGAACUGCCCACAGAAGCAUGAACGCAUCUACAACCCCAAGUUCUCCGCUGUGAGGUCCAAUUCUGCUCCGAGAGAGUUUGUCUGAGACGCAGAACCCAUAGAACUGGCCUUAAAACUCACUUAAGUGAUCUAAAUCAUCACCGUAUGUCGGCAAUUCAUCUGUAGAACUACUCGAGAGACAGUUUUUUUUACAUGUAAUAGCAUAACAUUUUCAGUCUUCCUCUUCACAAAAACACAAAUAACUAAGAAUACAUAUCUUCGUAAUAGAGAUUACAUGUUAUGAUAAUAUUUAUGCCUCUACAUGUAUAAUUUAAUACUUUCCGUUAGAUAAAUUCUUUUCAUGUUGGCAAUUCAGUCGCUCAAACAGAGCGAUGUACUAGAAACAUCAUGGGUUCAAUUCUCUGGGAAAGCUUGAACUGGUAAAGUGUAUUCCUUCAGUGCAAUGCAGGUGGCUUAGGAUAAAAGAUUAAUGUAUAUAUUACAGCUUUUAAAGUGGAAUUAUAAAUGCAGAUUGUUUAUUUAUUUAAAAUGUGUAUAACAGUUGAGUAGAUUACAUACAAAUUGUCACUGUUUCAAAAUUGUACGUAAUAUAAACCCAACUAUAUGCAAAUAAGAAAUAACAUGAAUUUGUGUAUUUUGUUUAAAGACAAAAGCCUUCCAAAGUCAUAGUAGCACACGGUUAAUUCAUUGAGUGAGAAGUCAAAUAAACAUGAAUGUGUUCAUCAGUA